CGCCGGGCGCCGCGAGCCCGUCGGCAAACAUGGCGUCUCCCAGGGGCGGCGGCUGGACGGGCCCAGCGCAGCGCCCGCGGCGGCAACAGCAGCGGCCGCCGCCGCCACCCUCCGGGGUUGUGGCCCCCGCCGCCGCUGCUGCCGCCGGUGCCGAGGGAGCGGAGCCCGAGGCGGAAUCCCGGGCCGAGGGCCUGUACGUGGCCGUGGAGCGCUGCCCCCUCUGCAACACCACGCGGCGGCGCCUCACCUGCGCCAAGUGCGUCCGCGGGGGGGACUUCGUCUUCUUCGACGGCCGGGACUCGGAGCGGUUUUCUGAAAAGAAGGAGAGAUUGAAGCACCUUAGGAACAAGCAGCACGAAUUUCAGUCCCAGUUGUUAAAAGCUAUGGAGGGGAAAUGGAUAACUGACCAGCUGAGGUGGAAAAUAAUGUCCUGCAAAAUGAGGGUUGAGCAGCUGAAGCAAACGAUCUGCAAGGAGAACGAAGAAAUAGCACGAAAUUCCGAGUGGCUUCUCCGAAUUAAGGACGAGAACCAGAAGCUUUACCGCAGGGCCCAGCGGCAUCAGGAGAAGAAGGAGAAGAUCCAGAGGCACAACCGCAAGCUGGGGGAGCUGGUGGAGAAAAGGAACUAUGACCUGAGAAGCCAGCACGAGCACCUGGCAGGCCUCCGGCGCUCGCAUGUCCUGGAACUCACCUCCGUCAUCUUCCCUAUCGAGGAGGUGAAGAUUGGCAUGAGGGACCCCGCAGACAUGUCGUCCGAGAGCGACAACGCCAUGACUUCUAGCACUGUGAGCAAGCUUGCGGAAGCCAGGAGGACCACCUACCUGUCCGGGCGAUGGGUGUGCGAUGACCACAAUGGAGACACCAGCAUAGGCAUCGCGGGGCCUUGGAUCACCCUUCCCAACAACGGAGAUUAUUCUGCUUACUACAACUGGGUGGAAGAGAAGAAGACCACUCAAGGGCCAGACAUGGAACAUAACAACCCCGCUUACACCAUCAGUGCUGCCCUGUGCUAUGCAACUCAGCUGGUCAACAUUUUGUCGCAUAUACUUGACGUAAACCUUCCCAAGAAGCUGUACAACAGUGAGUUCUGCGGGGAAAACCUCAGCAGGAGGAAGUUCACGUGGGCAGUGAAAAAGCUGAACGCCAAUAUCCUUUACCUUUGCUUUUCUCAGCACGUAAACUUAGACCUCCUGCAUCCUCUGCAUACACUCAGGAACCUGAUGUACCUGGUCAGCCCCGAGACGGAGCAUUUGGGAAGGUCCGGGCCGUUCGAGAUCAGCGCCGACCUGGAGGACUCGAUGGAGUUCGUGGACCCCAGCGGCGCCGGCGAAACGGACGAGAGCGGCGACGAACAUGUCAGCGACGAAGAGACGGACCUUGGGACGGACUGGGAGAACCUGCCCAGCCCCCGGUUCUGCGACAUCCCCUCGCAGACGGUGGAGAUGCUGCAGAGCCAGAGCACGCUGGCCUCGCGGGAGCCCAUCGCCAGUAGCAGCGCCGGAGGCAUGAUCUCCUCGGCCGCGGCCUCCGUUACCUCCUGGUUCAAAGCAUACACUGGACAUCGCUAGGGUGAUACUCGGACCUCUGUGGCAGGGAGGAGGAGGGGGGAGUUCCUGUCCCACAUCCCGCCCACCAUCACUGUAGUAAACCUUCCCAAUUCUGCUAAGUAGUGCCUGGAACAUCAAGGGUCAGACUUCUGAUUGUGUAACACGCACUCCCCUCCGAAAGAUGCUUUCAAUUUGCCCAAGCUUGACUGCGCAACAGACACACCUUGCAUCUCGUUUUCUCCCGACACGCAUUUUGGACACCUGAAAAUGGAACUCUGUGCCUCUUCCGAGUCCCACGUGUUCUGCUUAGGGUGAAAGGAGGAGGAUCCUGUAUGUUAACUUCAGUUUCUUAUUUAGUUUAGUCCCUUAAACAAAAAAACAAACAAAAAAAGGAAAUAGGUCUGGGGUUAUGUGGCCUGGCAAAUCAUCUUGAAGCAUGAAGACUGAAAGAGAAAACUAUCCUGGCACUUCUGCCAGUGCAUGAGGCCACCGUAUCCCCUGUGAUUAGUUCCCAGCAGGGUUCUCGGGUUACGUUUGGGUGUGUGUGUUUAUUUUAAAAGUGUGCACAGGGGAGAAAAUUUACAGCACAAAAUGCACAUUUGCUAGAGCCUUCUGGCAACAUGUGCAGAUUGCUGCAUUUUUGUGUGGUCUGAUCUCCGUUGCCAUAAUUUUAAUACAGAAAACCAUCAUGUUUCUUCAAUAUCAAUAGGUUAUUUAUUUUUUAAGGGGAGAAAAGAGAGGUUAGGUCAUGCCUUCUUUGUAUGCGUGUGUAUGUGUGUGUGGAUCGUUUUUCAUGCUGAGUCACUCAAGAGUUCCCUGGCUUCUUGCUCUGGCUGCCCCAACACCAAAGAAAGGCUGGACCGUAAUCACUUGCCAAUACAGAGCAAUUCUUCUGCUACAAGAAGGUUUUUUCUCGUCACAAAUCCUCUUUUGUGUGCAAAGGAGCCGCACUUUCGUUUUGAAGUUUGGUCGACGUUCCAUGUGGGUUUUUUAAAAAAAGAAAUCCUGCGCUCCUUGUGCUUGGUCAAAAACCCCAUGAAAUCCUCCUGGUUCUUGCAUCCAGUUCGGCUUCUGGUUGGAUCAGUGCCAGCUGGUGGGAUCAGGAGAGGCUACAGCACAGUGCCUCUCAGACCUCAGCCUGGCUUGAGCUUCUGAGUAGACAGACUUUUGGCAAUUGGGGGGGGUAGGGUAUUUUGCUUUUGGCAAUGCACCCUUUUCUUGUCCAGCCCGCUUGAGAAAACCAGUCCUGGUUCAGGCACUUAGUCGGUGGGGAUUCGGAGCAUGCAAGUCCCAUCUCUCCGUGUAUUAAGAGACCGCAUAGGCCCUGUGUGCAUGGAGGCCAGGUCUCGGCAAGGAAUGCGUGAGCAAAAGAUGCAAGUCAGGCUUUUACGGGCAUAUGCUGGCUGGGCAGGUGGGUAGGAGACACAUGCCCCCCACGCCACCAUGGAAAUUUGGGCCCAAGUUCCAUCCACAGAUGGGGAACACUGAAGUCCAGCAUGCAGUGGGAUGAUGUAGUAACCCCCAAUGUGUUACAGAAGAGAGAAGUUGGCUGUGGGUUUCUGUUGCUGCCCUUGCUCUCUUGCAACCGCACUGCGGCCUCAAAUGCCAAGUGUGCACCUUGGCAGGGAGGUUCCAGGCAGGCAGGCAGGCAGCCUCCCUGCCCAUGCCACUCCCAGCAGUGUGAGCCCAGAUGCUUUUUUUGCCAUGAUUCAGAGUGCAUGUUGUGCACUCCUGCUGGCAUCCGCUUCUGUGGAGUGGGACACAUGCCGAGACCAAAAUCUUGCCAGGCCAAAAGCUUCCUCCUUGGAGAUAAUGGGCCUGGGCUGGUGGGCACUUCUGCACUGUUAUGCAGUCUUCAGGAGAGGGUUCCAGCCGCUGGUGCUGAAUAUUUGGCUCUUGGCUGUUUCGAUUCUGUGAUGCUGUUCCGUUUCACCACCUGUCCCACUUUGUCCUGGAGUUGGGUGGAGGUUGGUGGUGUGGGGAACCUUGCAUGGCAGGCGAACCUGCGGCAGGUGGGGUUCAGUACAUUUCUGUUAAUAAACCAAAGAUCCCACCAGUUCAGUGUUUUCAGUUUUAAGCCGGUUGGGCAGGAUUUCCCAGCCCGCGAAGACUUAACGCAGAAGAACAGCAGCAAUGUCAUCCAGCCUGCUCCAUCAUCGCAGGCUCCCGAUGAUGUCCAGCUACGAGAGACCGGAGGGAAACCGGUGGUGCGGGGCUCACUUGCGGGGCCUUUUGUCUCAAAGGAUGCUCAACAUGGGACACUGCCCUGCAAGUCUCUCCUGUGUCCAAAACGAUAUGUGUGGAAGGAGGUCCUGUGAAGGCACUUUUAUUAGUUGCAGAGGAGUUAGGCUGCUCGACGCUGGGCUCAUAGCUGCUGGGUUCUCCUAGCUGGCCCUGGGCCCUUUUCCCCCUUGUAAAUAUAACUCUCUGUUCUCUGCCCUGCCCCUUGUUGUGUUUCAACCAUUCUGCUGCUUAUUUAUGGUUUGUU